AUGCGCAUCUCGUUUGAAUCCCUGACGGUCGUCCUGGCCUGUCUGUCUACUGGUUAUGCCUUCCAGGUUCCCCAUGAUACGCCACUCUCUGAAUUAAUCUCCUCCGCGAAGGCGCAUCUGGCCAAGGGCGAGGCACGCGAUGCCCUGGUCUACUUCGAUGCGGCAGUCUUACGCGAUCCCAAUAAUUACAUAACACUGUUCCAGCGAGGCGCGGCUUACCUCUCCAUCGGCAAAAACUCACUGGCAUCCGAGGAUUUUGAUCGAGUGUUAGAAUUAAAGCCCGAUUUCGAAGGCGCCCUUCUGCAACGAUCUCGUCUCAAGGCUAGGACCGCACAUUGGAAGGAGGCACUGCAGGAUCUUGAACGUGCAGGGAAGAAGCCGUCGGUCGAAUAUCAAGAAAUUGAGGAGGCACGGGAUGCGGCAACCCUAGCGGCUACAGCGGAGGCCAAUGGUGACUGGGAAGGCUGUAUCAUACAGGCCGGUGUGGCGAUUUUGAAGGCGAACACAGAUCUUUCGUUGCGGAAGACUCGAGCACACUGUCGGUUUGAGAGAGGAGAGGUGGAAGAAGGUGUGAGCGACCUGGCUCACGUUAUACAAAUUUCCCCCAACUUGGUAGAGCCACAGUUGCAGAUGUCUUCAAUAUUGUUCUAUGCGCUUGGAGAUAGUGAUCGUGGCCUAACACAGAUCCGCAGAUGUCUCCAUACAGACCCAGACUCCAACCCUUGCAACCGUCUUUAUAAGCGGGAACGGCAGCUAUCGAAACUCUUGGUGAAGCUGAACAGUGCCCUGGAGACGCGCAAGUUUAGUAACGCAGUGAACAUUUUAAUUGGCACCGGCGACGAAAGUGGUAUGAUUGCAGAUGUGAAGACUGAUGUGGCAGAGGCCCGCGAGGCGGGCCAUAUUCCUCCCGCAGCAUCUAAUAACCUUUAUGUCUCCCUUGUCGAGAGGGCAUGUGAAGCCUACAGGGAGAUGAAUAUGGUCAAGAAAGCUGGUCCUUAUUGUUCCGAAUCCCUCCAACUUGUCCCAACCUCCCUCCACGGUCUCUUGUACGAGGCUCAAUCCGCAUUGGAUGGGGAUCGGCUGGAGGAAGCUGUGCGCAUUCUUAAUACAGCUAAGGAGCAUCAUCCGCACUCUCAGGGUGUUCAAUCCCUCCUCCAGAAGGCGCAAGUACUUCUUAAACGCUCAAAACAGAAGGAUUACUACAAGGUUCUAGGUGUUAGCCGCGAUGCAGACGAUCGGACUAUCAAACGAGCCUAUCGCCAGUUGAUAAAACAGCAUCAUCCUGAUAAGGCUUUGUCCCAAGGUGUGGCUAAGGAGGAUGCAGAGAGGAAGAUGGCAUCCAUCAACGAGGCAUAUGAAGUGCUAUCAGACUCCGAGCUCCGAUCUCAAUACGACAAUGGUCAUGAUCCUAAUGACCCUGAAGCACAGAGAGGCAAUCCACACCAGGGUGGCUUCAAUCACGGCCAAGGCGGUCAUCAAUUCUUCUUCCAACAAGGUGGGCCGCAGUUCAAGUUUUCCGGACAAGGCUUCCCUUUCCGUUGA